UAUAUAUACACACACACACACAUACUCACUUAUUCACAUCUAACACAACACACUUGUAAGUUGUAAACUCCUUACAAAAACUCCUUCCAAUUCAAGCAAUAAACUUGAUCAUUUCCAUUCCCUUUUAUUGCACACCAUCUGUUUGUCAUAGUGACUUCAACAUAUAGUUACUUUCUUUCUGUCGCAUUUUCCAAACUUGACUACUAGUGAUGGCAGGGAAGGGUAAGAACAACAACAACAAGGUGGAUGUUGACUUUGGUUGUGGUUUGGUUGGGAGAAUUCUCCAACUCAAAAGCAACAAUAGGCUGAGAAAAUCAUCAGUUCAUUCACUGCCCUUGAAAGCAAGCAACAACAAAGGACAGCAGAGAGAUCAUAAGGUGGAAAACGAAUCCAACAAGCCUCAAAUUCAUGAAUCAAAGACUCCAAGUCCAAGAAACAGCUUCACUGAGACCUUUCACACAUUGAAUGAUGAUCAUAAACAAGCCAGAAAGACCACCUCUGCCUACCGAAACAGCCAGAAUCGAAGACCUUCAGAUGCUGCAAGAAGCUCAACAUCAUCAUCAUCUGGUAACUCGGAGAAGCAACACAGAGAAGCCAUUGGUAAUUCUCUGCAACUUGCUAGGAUCAACACUAAUAGUCACCACCAAAAAGAAAACUUGAGCAGGUCCCCAGUCAAAGAUUUUAGUCCCUUGAAACUCACUGGAAACUUGAUAGUUAACAAUAGCCCAAGAACCAGUGUAUCCAAGAGCAUGGAAAGUACUCCCAAGAGUAAAGAGUUAAACCCCAUGUCAAGUUCUUAUUAUAACAAUGCAAGCAGAGGAGGACUAAUGGGGAAUAUAAUGAGAAGGAACAAUGAUGAGUUUGCAGCUCAGUUUCGGAGUCUAAGGAAUAAUAAUGGAGUAGACCCUGAGUUGUUGAAGGGAAUGGGAAAUGAAGCAUACAAGCAGGGAAGGUUUGAAGAGGCUCUGACCUUGUAUGACAGAGCAAUUGCUAUUGACUCCAACAAGGCUACAUAUCAUUGUAAUAAGAGUGCAGCUUUGAUCGCAUUGGGACGGCUUCUUGAAGCGAUCAUGGAGUGUGAGGAAGCUAUCAAGUUAGACCCUUCUUAUGGCAGAGCUCACAACCGUUUGGCAACAAUAUAUUUCAGGCUUGGAGAAGCAGAAAAGGCACUAACUUGUAAUCAGGCAGCUUCAGAUGAUGAUUCGGUUCUUGCUUUUCAAGCUCAGGCUCUUGAAGACCACCUUAACAAAUGCACUGAAGCUAGGAAAGUCAAAGAUUGGAAAACUAUAAUAAAGGAAACACAGUCCGCAAUAUCGUUAGGAGCCAAUUCAGCUCCAAAGAUAUAUGCUUUACAAACUGAAGCCUUGUUGAAGCUCCUAAGACAUCAAGAGGCACAUGCCACUUAUGAGAAAGUGCCAAAAUUUGACCGUGAUUGGUGUAACAAAUUAUUUGGACCGGUUUGUAGAGCUUAUGUUUUGAUGAUAGGCGUACAAGUUUACUUGGCAGCCGGCAGGUUUGAGGAUGCUAUGACUGCAUCUCAGCAAGCAGCCAAAUUAGAUCCAAGCAACAGUGAGGUGAAUGCAGUGUUAAGGAGGGCAAGAGCCGCAACAUCAGCCAGAAUGAGUGGUAACUUGCUCUUCAAGGCAUCAAAAUUCACUGAAGCAUGUGCGGUGUACAAUGAAGGACUCGAGCAUGAUCCCAACAACCCAGUGCUGCUAUGCAACAGGGCAGCGUGCCGUUCUAAACUAGGCCAAUUUGAGAAAGCAAUUGAAGAUUGUAAUGCAGCUCUUUUGGUUCAGCCUAGCUAUAGCAAGGCAAGGUUGAGGAGAGCUGAUUGCAAUGCCAAGUUAGAACACUGGGAAGCUGCGAUUGAAGACUAUGAAGUGCUCAUAAGAGAGAAGCCAGGGGAUGAAGAGGUGGCCAGGGCUCUGUUUGAGGCCCAGCUCCAACUCAAGCUCCUGCGCGGUGAAGAUAUCAAAGACUUGAAAUUUGGUUCGAAUUUGGUUUUCAUCUCGAGCAAUGAUCGGUUCCAACAUUAUGUAACCUCUCCUGGUAUGUCUGUGGUGCUAUUUUGCAACAAGGCAGCCAAUAAAAAUGUACUGUUGGUGUUAGAGCAAACCUGCAAGAGAUUUCCAUCAGUUAAUUUUCUUAAGGUGGAGAUUGAAGAUCACCCAUACUUGGCAAAAUCAGAAGAUGUGAACUCUGUACCAGCCUUCAAAAUAUACAAGAAUGGAUCAAGGGUCAAAGAAAUUCCGGGCAACAACCACCAGUUGUUGGAAAAAUCAGUUAAACUAUAUAGCAGCUGAAGAUAAAUAUACUCAAAUAAAUCAAGCUAAUUAUCUCUGCUUCUUAAAUCUGUUGACUUUGCUUGGAAGGAAAGUGGAAAAACAAACAAGAAGCAUAGCAUUGCUGUAGUGGUAGCUGUAGAUAUGUUUAUAGCAAAAAAGGGAAUUCUUUCUGUUAGUAAUUAGUUCUUUUAAUUCUUUGCCUGUUUGAGCAGUCUUUUGAUUCUUCAUAUCCCAUAUUUCGUGUAUAUUGGAUUGGGAAACCAAUUACUUGAUACAUUAUUUUUUUUAGUUGAAAUUACAUAUAUUUAUUACAGGAGUGAUUUGUAUUUUGUAAGUUUGUCAUUUAAAAUUAUUAAAGCAAUAUAGAAGGAAUACAAUUACUGUACAUCACAGAAAGUUGGUGAUCAGUAGUGAGAGUUCUUAUUAUUGUAUUCACUUGCUCUUGGUAGAA